AUGCUCCCACCAAAGCGAAUUCUUGUCACCUGCGCCACUGGCAAUCAAGGAAGAGGCGUCGUGCACCGCAGCCUCGCCGCAGGACACCACGUAUACGCCUACGUCCGCGACCCGACCACACCCGCAGCGACUCAGCUCGAGAGACUCGGAGCGAAGCUCAUAAAAGGCGACCUGGGCGAUAUCAAUGCUCUGCGUUCCGCCACGGAAGGGAUAGAUGCCGUGUUCCACACCGAAGUGCAAACCGGAGACUGGGCCGGGGACCUGCAACGCAGCACGAAUGUCAUCGACGCGGCGCGCGCGUCGUCUACCGUGUUCACGAUGAUCGUGUCGACAGCGAUCAAAGCUGGCCAGCACGAGUCCUUUCCCGGCUGGGGGCCCGAGCAUCCGAUGCGACAAUACUGGCUGAACAAGCACGCUCUGGAGUCCCGGGUCCGGGAGGCUGGGUUCCAGCAUUGGAUCAUUAUACGAUUGGGCCACUUUUUGCAGAACUUGAAGGCUCCUGUCAAUGCCCUCACUUUUCCUGGUUUCGUUGAUGAUAGGGUCUUGCGGGUUGUGUGGAGGCCGGACACGAAGCUUCCGUGGGUCGAUGCGGCCGACGUGGGCAUCGUGGUCGCGAAGGUGGUGUCGGAUCCGGAAGGCUACACUCACCAGGAGAUAGAUCUCGCCGUGGAGGCACUUACGGUCGAAGAGUUAGCUGGGAAACUGACCCGAUCCCUUGGGAGGGAGGUGAAGGUGCAUUACUUGUCGAACGAGGAGGUGGAUGGUAUGAUCAAGCAGGGAAGCCCGGUUCCAGCAGCGCAUCGAUGGGCAAAUGAGGUUCCUGGAGAAGAUGCGGUCGGGAAAUUCAAGGACCCUGGUCUCACUCCUGUGGACACGUUUCUGGCGACGAAUGCGACGGAGAUAUGA